CGGAGUAGUUGUUAAUGUAGUAUGUGUGUGACAACGAGAUUGACAACAUGGAUACGUCUGACCUAGGAGGAGGGGUUAAUUGUACACCACCGGCAAUUGAGGACUUUCCACAUGACCUGUUUGAUGAGAAACAACGACAAGAAGGGGCUGUGGUUGUUCACGUCAUCGUGUCUCUUUACUUGUUCAUCGCUUUAGCGGUAGUAUGCGAUAAAUUCUUUGUACCUGCAGUAGAAAAAAUAUGUCAUGCAUUAUCAAUGUCAAAAGACGUAGCCGGUGCGACAUUUAUGGCAGCUGCAACAUCCGCACCAGAAUUAUUUGUGAACGCAAUUGGGACUUUUAUUACCGAAGGUGAUAUCGGUGUAGGAACGAUAGUAGGAUCAGCAGUCUUUAAUAUCCUUGCAGUGCCCGCUUGUUGUGGUAUUGGCGCGGGAAUGGUGGUUCCGUUGGACUGGUGGCCUGUAAGCCGAGAUUGCUUAGCUUACGGCGUAACAGUUGCUAUCUUAAUCUGCAUUAUUCACGAUGAGAGAGUAGAAUGGUACGAGGCACUGACCCUUGUCCUUCUAUACAUCGUAUACAUUGCAGUAAUGUACUGGGACAAAUCAUUUCAACGUUGUACACGUUUUCGUACCAAGAAAAGCGUUUCACCCUCCGAAGAAGUACAUAAUGGCCCAGGAGACGCCGGCGAAAUUCACUUAUCGAGAUCUGAUAAAUUGCAAUCGUCCGGUGAGAGAGUUGAGCAAAUUGCGACAAUCGACGUGCCACUGCAGAAUGGAGGAACGAAAAGUCAAGAGGAAAAUCACGAGGCUGAAUAUGAGUAUGAGUUAUUAGUGUGGCCAGCGAGAGGUGGGUGGAUACGUAAAACAGCGUGGGUACUUACUUGGCCAAUUCAUUUGAUUUUUAUGUGUACGAUACCAGAUUGUGAGAAACCUAGAUUUAAAAAAUGGUUCCCAGUAACAUUUAUCAUGUGUAUUGUAUGGAUUGGAUCUCUUAGUUAUGUCGUAGCUUGGAUGAUAACAAUUAUCGGUGAUACUCUAAAAAUACCAGACUCUGUAAUGGGUAUAACAUUUUUGGCAGCGGGAACAAGUGUCCCAGAAGCUGUAUCAAGUGUUAUUGUGGCUAAACAAGGUCAUGGCUCGAUGGGCAUCAGUAAUUCGAUUGGUUCGAAUACAUUUGACAUACUGCUUUGUCUAGGUCUACCAUGGCUUAUAAAAUCAUCUUUUUCACCAACCCAACCUGGACGUCACUAUAUCAGUAUAAAUUCAGGUGGUUUAGAAUACAGCGCAAUAUCACUUUUAUCAACUUUGAUGCUACUUUACAUAGCAUUUGCCUCGAAUAAAUUUCAACUUGAUUUAAAAGUCGGGCGUGCUUGUCUAUGUAUGUACGCAGUAUUUCUUAUUCUUGCCUCGCUUAUCGAGCUCAAUGUAUUCUUCAGGGUAAAUUUACCCACUUGUCAAAGGACGGUUAAGUGAUAAAAAAAAAUAAUAUUAAUAAUAAUAAUAAAUAAAGUAAAAUAAAAACACAAAAAAAUAUAUAUAUUGAUAUAAUAUAAUGCUUGUAAAAUUCAUUAAAAUAAUUGUUAUAAUAAUCACUAAAUUUUA